AUGGCUUCAAGAUCCCAUUUUUAUCCCACGACCUAUCUCCUCUAUCUAUGCUUCCUCUUCAACCCCUUUUCCUGCUUCGCAAUCGACACCAUCUCCGCUGGAAGACCGCUCUCCGGCGACCAAACCAUCGUCUCCUCCGGCGGCCACUUCGAGCUGGGCUUCUUCACGCCGGGAAACUCCUCCAGAUUCUACAUCGGCAUAUGGUACAGACGGGUCCGGAUACUCACCCGGGUCUGGGUCGCCAACCGGGAAGCCCCGAUCCUUGACCGGAGCUCCGCCCGGCUCGCGAUUUCCGACGGGAAUCUAGUCCUGUUCAACGGCUCGCGCUCAGCCGUCUGGUCCACCGGCCUGAACCAGACCGGCUUAAACCGCUCCGCCGUCACCGCCGUCCUCCUCGACAGCGGGAACUUGGUUCUGACAGAUGGGUCUGGGUCGAAUUCAUCGAUCGAGCAUCCUUUGUGGCAAAGCUUCGACUUUCCGACGGACACGUGGCUUCCCGGCGGUAGGAUCGCCUUCAACAAAAUCACCGGACAAAAGCAGCACCUGACUUCUUGGAAAAACGCCGAGGACCCGGCUCCAGGACUUUUCUCGCUCGAGCUCGACCCGAACGAGAGCCAAUACAUUAUCCGGUGGAACAGGACCGAGCCUUACUGGUUCAGCGGGCCUUGGAACGGCCACAUUUUCAGUUUAGUCCCUGAAAUGAGACUGAAUUACAUCUACAACUUCAGCUACAUCAACAACAAAAACGAGAGCUACUUCACGUACUCGCUCUACAACCCGUCACUCAUCUCGAGGUUCAUCAUGGAUGUCUCGGGUCAGAUUAAGCAGCUUUCUUGGUUCGAAGACUCGGACUGGAACUUGUUCUGGUCCCAGCCGAGACAGCAGUGUGAAGUGUAUGCUUAUUGUGGGGCUUUCGGCACGUGCAAUCAGAAUUCGCUGCCGUUCUGUAAUUGUUUGCCGGGUUUCAGGCAUCGGUCGGAUAGGGAUUGGAAUUUAAGGGAUUAUUCGGGCGGUUGUGUGAGGGAGAUGAGUUUGCGGUGCGAGGAGGAUAACGGCACGAAUUCGAACAGGGAAAGAGAUAGAUUCUUGGCGAGCCCUCACGUGAGGUUACCCGAUAAUGCUCACUCGUUAUCUAUACGUAGUGUAGCCGAAUGCGAAUCGACCUGCUUGAGAAACUGUUCUUGCACGGCCUAUUCGUAUUCUGACACGAACGGGUGUUCGGUUUGGGAUGGAGAAUUGUUUAAUCUCCAACAGCUGUCUGAAGGAGAUGGUAACGGGCAAAUGAUAUACAUACGGCACUCCUCUUCAUCGCCCCUUUUUUCCGGCAAGAACAACGGUAAAAAACGGGCCGUUACAAUUGGUGCUAUUGUCGGCUCUAUUGCAUUUGCAGCUGCCUUGCUGGCAGUGAUGGCCGCUGUUGCGUGCAGAAAACGGAAGAUUUCGGUGAGAAAUUCGAAAACUGUUGAUGGAACUUUAGUCGCGUUUAGGUACAAAGACCUGCAAAGCUCGACCAAGAACUUCUCGGAGAAAUUGGGAGGCGGUGGUUUCGGCUCGGUUUUCAAGGGGAUUCUACCCAACUCGUCCGCAAUUGCUGUCAAGAAGCUCGAGAGCGUAAGCCAAGGGGAGAAGCAGUUCCGAACGGAGGUUAGCACGAUUGGGACAAUCCAGCACGUGAACCUCGUAAGGCUACGCGGGUUUUGCUCGGAAGGCAGUAAGAAAAAGCUACUCGUGUACGAUUACAUGGAAAACGGCUCGUUGGACUCCCACCUUUUUUCCGGGUCAAAAUUCUUGGAUUGGAAAACGAGGUACGAAAUUGCGCUCGGAAUAGCCCGUGGAUUGACCUAUUUACACGAGAAGUGCCGGGACUGCAUAAUACACUGCGACAUAAAGCCCGAGAAUAUACUCCUCGACUCCACGUUCUGCCCCAAGGUGGCUGAUUUCGGGCUCGCCAAGCUCGUUGGCCGGGAUUUUAGUCGAGUCUUGACGACUAUGAGAGGGACGAGAGGGUACCUCGCGCCCGAGUGGAUAUCGGGCGUGGCAAUCACGGCUAAAGCUGACGUGUACAGCUACGGAAUGGUGCUUUUCGAGCUUGUGUCCGGGAGGAGGAAUUCGGAAGGCUCGGAGGAUGGGAGUGUGAGGUUUUUUUUCCCAGCGGUGGCUGCCCGGGUGGCGGUGGAAGGGGUGCACUCGAGGUCCGAGCCGGUAAAGUUGCACUCGGGUGCUCUUCGGGGGUGCAUUCGUGGUCGUCGAGCGGAGGAGUCGGCUGUAGAUGAAAAGAAAAAAGAAAAUUGGAAGUUGGCUAACUCUUUUCUCGGUUGCAUUGUACGAAUGUAUAUAACCACCAGAUUCAAGAAGUUUUGCUAUGAGCACGGAAUCAGAACGAAGAGAACCAUGCCUGGUACGCCUCAACACAAUGGUGUAGCUGAGCGUAUGAAUCGAAUGUUGACUGAAAAGACCAGAAGCUUGCAUGUGCAGUCAGGCCUACUGAAACAGUUCUAG